CCGCUGGCUUGGGGAACUACGAACUACUAUUUUAGCCUAUCUGGCCUACCUAGCUUGUUACUCUCGAAAAAGAAAAUUUUACCUUAUUAAUGUCGGAUAUCCAUUUUUGUCUGUGACAGUAUCAGUGUUUAUUUCUGUUUCUGAUGAUCUAUAUUUAAAAAAUUAUUGUAUGCCUUCGAUUUACUGAUUCACAGUUAAUGGACUGCACUUGGCACCCCAUUUUUGGGAUUCUUUUAGCCAUAUGUUUCUGUGGUGUGAAGGAAAAAUAUCUGUUCGUCGAUUUGCAUAAAAUUAUUGUUGCUGUUGGUCGUAAAUUUUAUCUUGUGAUCAAUGGAACCUUGUAAACUGUGCAGGACAUCAAACAAAGACAUUUUCUGAAGCUGUAGAUCAAUAUGCCCAAAUGGGCCUACGGACUUUGUGCUUGGCUUGGCGUGAAUUAAAUGAGAUCGAGUAUCAAGAUUGGUCUUUGAUGUUUAAAGAGGCAAAUAGCACAUUAGUUGACAGAGAGUGGAGAGUAGCUGAGGUUUGCCAAAGAUUGGAACAUGACCUUGAAAUACUUGGUGUUGCUGCAAUAGAAGACCGUUUACAGGAUGGUGUGCCAGAGACAAUUGAAACUCUCAGAAAAGCUGGGAUAAAUUUCUGGAUGCUGACUGGAGACAAGCAGAAUACUGCCAUACAGAUUGCUCUGUCAUGCAAUUUUGUUUCCCCAGAACCGAAAGGCCAACUUUUGUUGGUUAAUGGGAAAACUGAGGAUGAUGUUUGCAGAAAUCUGGAAAGAGUUCUACUUACCAUGAGAAUAACGAAAUCAGAACCUAAGGAUGUGGCUUUUGUCAUUGAUGGUUGGGCACUUGAAAUUGCACUGAAGUAUUACCGGAAAGCAUUCACAGAAUUAGCAAUAUUGUCACGGACAGCUAUAUGUUGUCGAGUUACACCAUCACAAAAGGCACAGCUUGUAGAGCUCCUUAAAUCUUGUGACUACAGAACUCUGGCCAUUGGUGAUGGUGGGAAUGACGUGAGAAUGAUUCAACAAGCUGAUAUUGGGGUUGGCAUAAGUGGGAGAGAAGGACUGCAAGCAGCAAGAGCAGCUGAUUAUAGUAUUGGGAAAUUCAGGUUCCUUAAAAGACUGAUACUUGUCCAUGGACGAUAUUCAUAUAACCGUACCGCAUUUCUUUCACAGUAUUCAUUCUAUAAGUCCUUACUGAUAUGCUUCAUCCAGAUCUUUUUCUCUUUCGUUUCAGGUGUCUCUGGUACCAGCCUUUUCAACUCUGUCAGCCUCAUGGCUUAUAAUGUUUUCUACACCAGUAUUCCUGUUUUAGUCAGUGUCCUUGACAAAGAUCUCAGUGAAAAAACUGUUAUGCAGCAUCCACAAAUAUUAUAUUACUGCCAAGCAGGGAGGCUUCUCAAUCCUACUACAUUUGCUGGAUGGUUUGGGCGAGCUCUCUUUCAUGCAAUCGUUGUGUUUGUAAUAACCAUACAUUCAUAUGCCUUUGAGAAAAGCGAGUUGGAGGAGGUUUCAAUGGUGGCACUCUCUGGGUGCGUUUGGUUGCAGGUCUUUGUUGUCACAUUAGAGACCAACUCUUUUACAAAAUUGCAACAUCUUGCCAUAUGGGGGAAUUUAGUUGUUUUCUACAUGAUCAAUUGGAUUGUGAGUGCUUUGCCACGAUCUGGGAUGUACACCAUCAUGUUCCGCCUGUGUAGACAGCCAUCUUACUGGAAUACCAUGUUCCUAAUAGUAGCAGCUGGGAUGGGUCCGGUGCUUGCUUUGAAGUACUUCAGAUACACAUACAGGUCAAGCAAAAUCAAUAUCCUCCAGCAAGCUGAGCGCUUGGGUGGACCCAUCCUAUCAUUGGGUAAUAUCGAACCGCAGACAAGAGCCUUGGACAACGAUCUUGCUCCCUUGUCUAUUUCUCAAUCCAAGAACGGUAGGAACUCUGUGUUUGAGCCUCUUCUCUCUGAUUCCCCAAAUGCUGUGAGGCGGUCUUUUGGACCAGGCGCUACAUUUGAUUUCUUCCAGUCUCAGCCCAAAUCUUCCACCUAUUCAAGAAACAAGGACAAUUAACCAUUUCUUAACAUCCUACUCCAUGUGUGUUGCCUCAGCUGUAGGAUGGUGGGUUCAAACCUGCUCUCCACCCCUUACUGCUGACUUCCAGUGUUUUGCCUCCUGGUACGACAUAACCAUAGAGCCCCUAUAGUCUGUAAAGUUAUAGCAGUAUUUUCGUACUCCUGAUUAGCUAUUGUUGCUUUUAGUAUGUAGUUAGCACCAUCUUCUAUUUCUAUUCUUUUUGGUGGUCAAGUUUAUGUUAAUUUUUCUGGUGACAAGAGUAAAAGAUAGAACCACAUACUACCCUCAUAAAAACAAGUAUUCAGCUUUGAAUUUUGAUGCAAGUCUACUGUUUCUUUUAACAGUUUAAC